ACAAGAAGAAGAAUGUUCGCCGCUUUUCGCCUGAAUUCAAUUGUCAAUUCCAGUGUAAACAAAACAAAUCAAAAGAAAACAAACACGCGUGCGAUGGAGGACGAGAAUUUAAAUAAAGCGAUAGAAUUCGUGCGUGAGGAGGAUGUCAACCUGCCAGAUGAUGACAAAGUAGCUGAGGACUUCCUGUAUUCGGGGAUUAAGCUGGAGGAAGUAAAGCAAAUUGUGUUUAAUUUUGAGGAAAAGGGUGAGACAGAAGCGGUCGUGAAGGAAUUGAAGGAGAUUCAGCAAUUGCUCAAAGAUAGUCCUAAUCUUACAAAAGUGCUCGAUAAACUAUGUGACUUCCGCCCAUGUUCUCUUGCUGGAUACCUAGGACUGCUUCAGAUAUCAACUUUGCUGAUCCUCGUGAAGGAACCACCAAUAUCCGUUUCCCUGAAGAUUUCCCAACUGAGGGGGCACCUCUGCAGUAUUCCGACCAGCGAUUGGCACGAUUGUCCAAUUAAGGUUCACAUGACCGUUGAGACAAUUCUCAGUGGUUUGAGGAGCAUCAACAACCGGGAUCCACUCAAUCUCUAUCACAUCUCCCGAGAAUUGUGGUGUGUCAAUGACUUCCUCUAUUUUGUCUCCCUGACCCUUGCCUGGGUGGCCUUCCAAGAUGCCCUGCGGGGUAUGCCCAUUCCCACAAAAGAGAUUCACCGGCCGCAUAAUUUGAAUCACAUGCUUCAGCAACUCCAGACACUCGAUGUGUCCGACUAUCGCAAUAAUCUCAUGAAGAUUUACAUUCUCCUGAAGAUUGUGGCUUUAAUCUUGCACAUGACCCUCACCAAAGUCUCUUCUAGAGCCAUACCCUUUGCCUAUCGCAAGGAAGUGGGCGAAGCGUCGCCGGAGAAGCUGAAGGAACUUUUUGACUGGUUCAAAUGCACACAGAAGAGCCUCAGAAUUAAUGAUUGUGAGAAUAUGGCAAAAAUGAAGAUCAGAGAAUUGCUGGAAUUUGAGAUAUUCACCGUUCUCAAUCACGAAUUGAUCCAGUCACCGCUCUAUUAAGGCUAAAUGCAGAGACGGCGGGAAAGCGUUAAUCAAGUAGGCGAUGAUAUUCUAAUGUUGUUCCUCAGGGAAAUUUUCUCAGUGUAUAAAUUCUUUUUACGUUCACAAUAAAGAAUUUCUUCUUUUCUAUCGUAA